AUGCACACGACAGAGUUGCUAUCGCCGUGCGCCAUCGCCGAACCGACUGUCGCCUCCGCCACCUCGCUACUCUCGCCGCCGGCGGAGGACAUCAGCAUCGAGUCGCCCCUGGACUGCGACUCGCUCAUCGUGGCUGACGAGAUCGAGGCAUCAGAGCCGCUCGAAACUCCCUCGGCGAGCGCGGCCCUGCGCCCAAGGCCCUUGGCUUCCAUAGAUCACACUCCUCAAACCGCUUGCUCGCAGAUGAUUGACGACGACCCCGUCCUCCGCUUCUACCUCUCCGACCCAGAAGGGUUCGACUCCCUCUUCGAGCGCCAGACAUCACGGGACGCCGACAUGGCGGACGCUGUCGUGGACGCAUGGAUGGAGGCGGGCCGCUACAAACGCCGGCCCUAG